AUGCGAUACGAUAUUACCCAGAUCUGGAGCGUCAUGGGUGGAGGUCACCCACAUACUAUCGCUCGCGAUUCCGGUAUCCAUCUCGCAUACGACGACCCUGCUGAUCGUCUCGGCAUCAGAUUCAGCGGCAUUGGAAACGGCGAUGAGCUGGAAGGAUGGCCCUGGCUGAUGGUGGAUAGGAAUGCCGAGAAGCUAUCCUGCGGCUCAUUCCGCUCGUCGACUGGCUUGAUGGCUUGGAUACUGAAGACUUGCGACCACGUCGCCGGUAUCUCGCCAACAAUUGUAUCGACCGGCCACGAUAUGGACAUGCCCGCCAUCUACUGGAAGCUGGAGAGAAGUGGCAGGCACUCCGAACCCAGGACUAGAACGUGA